CGCCAGGACAGCUGCCCGUGGAGCCGCACAGGUUCCACCACCCUUGCCAUAAAUUUUGAGUUGUAUUUGGAAAAAUACUGGCCAGAAAGAAAAAAAAAUGAUAAAGUUUUUCCUCAUGGUGAAUAAACAAGGGCAGACCCGACUUUCUAAGUACUAUGAACACAUGGAGAUUAACAAGCGGACACUUCUGGAAACCGAAGUCAUAAAGAGCUGUCUCUCUCGAUCCAGUGAACAAUGCUCUUUCAUUGAAUAUAAGGAUUUUAAGCUGAUAUAUCGUCAGUAUGCAGCACUCUUCAUUGUGGUUGGAGUUAAUGACACUGAGAAUGAGAUGGCUAUUUAUGAAUUCAUUCAUAAUUUUGUGGAAGUUUUAGAUGAGUACUUCAGCCGAGUGAGUGAAUUGGAUAUAAUGUUUAAUUUGGAUAAAGUACACAUCAUUUUGGAUGAGAUGGUGUUAAAUGGCUGCAUCGUGGAAACUAACCGGGCAAGAAUUCUUGCCCCUCUACUAAUUUUUGAUAAGAUGUCAGAAAGCUGAACAGUGGAAGGCCUGGCCAGACAACACUGAUUUCUAGAAAUGCAAAUGCCAUGAAAUACCUCUCAACAUCUGUAGCCCAUAAGAAUCUGGAAGACCACACAUUGCAAAACGGGGUAUCCUUCCAAAAACAUUAUAAAUAGGCAUUUUCCACAUUUCCUAAAUAGAAAACAAAAGUAUAUUUUAAAAUCUGAUGUACAAAGGAAAUUUUUAUCUAAAUUGUCAGAAGUUUUAUUGUCUAACUGUAGGCAUUUUUCCCCCACUAUAAAAUUUGGGAAAAGAAGUUUUGGGUCUGUGCUUUCUUUCAACUAUUAAAAAAAUUUUUUUUUAUAUGAUAAGACAAAAUUUGCCAUUUUAGCCAUUUUUAAGUGUACAAUUCAGUGGCAUUGCUCCUACAAAGUGUUGUGCUACCAUCUUCACCUUCCAUUCACUAAAACCACUUUUUCAUCAUCCCAAGCAGAAACUCUUUAUCCAUUAAACAGUAAUUCCCCAUUCCCCUUACCCCCAGCCCCUGGUAAUGUACGUCUAAUAUACUUUUUGCUCUAUGAAGUUUCUUAUUCUAAAUAUUUCAUAUAAAUGGAAUCAUAUAAUAUUUGUUCAUGUCUGGCUUAUUUUACUCACAUAAUGUUUUCAAGGUUCCUCCAUGUUGUGGUAUGUAUAAGAAUUCAUAAACGUUGAUAUACCACAUCUUGUUGGUAUCCAUUCAGCCAUCAAUGGACAAUUGUAUUGUUUCUACCUUUUGGCUAUUGUGAACAAUACUGCUAUCAACAUUGGUGUACAAGCAUCUGAGUCUCUGCCUUCAGUUCUCUGGGGUAUCUACCUAAGAGUGGGAUAGCCUGGUCAUAUGGUAAGUAAGUGUGUGUUUAACUUUUGGAGGAACAGCGAAACUGUUUUCCACAGGGACUGCACCAUUUUAUAUUCCCACCAGCAAAGCACUAGAGUUCCAAUUGUACCUUCUUUUGCAGAUGACAUCAGGGAAUAGCAGGAUGGGUGUGGGAAGAAUGUAUGGCAGCUAUCAGCCAGUAAAAUUUUUAAAUUGACUUAAUCACAUAUAGCAUUUUAAAUAACAUUGUUUUCUGAAUGCUAUCUUUUUCCUAAGAAAGUCAUAACAAAAACUGCUUUUACAAAACUUUACUAUAUCAUCUACCUAACGAAGACUGCAGAAUUAAAUUUUAUCUUAUUUGCCAGUUUCUAAAGGCCUCUGGCAUCCAUUUUAAGGGCACUCCGCAAUCUACAAUGCCAUCAUGCAAUUAACUCUGGAGAAUGUUACUAUCAAAUAAUGGAUGAUUAAACAUUGAAACAGAAGUCCUAACUGUCCUUUCUGCCACAUUUUAAAGGCUAUGUCUUACAAUUAAGUGUAUUUGUUAAUUAAAUUUACCUUUAGUUCAAAGUUUAAAAAUAAAAUACAAUAGAACAUCUCUGUUGAGAUUGGCAUGAAGUAUAUUCUUUUCUCCUUCCUAUUACUUAUUUCUUUAACCCCUUUCUCUUGGAAUGUUUUGAAGCAAAGAAAACUGCUACUUCUCUACAGAAAAAAAGAUGCCCUGCAUCCCCUAAACCAUUUCUAUAUGCACUUGUUCCUCAGUAGUAGAACACAGAGCUUAGUAAAAGCAUGAAUAUGUACAUGUCAGGGUAGGAGGGUAAGCACAGUUGAAGAAGAGUCUUGACAUGUUAAGGUAGUUUGCCAUACCAUGUAGUGCCCCAAGAGUUCUUUCAGCUACAACACUCUAUCCUCCAAAAGAGAACAUCAGUGGACGGUGGAGAGUGGGGGUAUUUUAAGUUCUUUACCUACUAUCAUUUUCUAAAAGUAUUUACAUAUUUCAAAGUUUGCAUCUGAAGUUUGCCUGAAGACACAGGCAACCAGUCUUAGCACCUGACCGAGUUGUUUCGGACCCAUUCAGGAAGGCAGAGAGAGGGCUUCUGACCUACAAAACAGUAGUGGUGCGUGUGUAUAGAUCAACCUUUGUAUUAAGCAGCCAAGGUUCUGGGGAAAGCCCAGUGUAGACCAAAGUGCUUUGGAGGUCUUUUUGAGACAUAUUAGUUGGGAAAUACUGUCCUAGUUGGUAGGCACUUAAUCAGUAGCAUAUUCAGAUAACUCCUGAAAGUGGUACACCAGAAGUAGCUAGGGAGUGAACAAAAUUAAUUUUUGGGUCACACCAAAAUAGUAGUUGAAUUACAUCUUGGCACAGAUUUUAAUACCUUGAGAGUGCAAUAACAGUUUUUAAAAAUACUAGGUAGGUAUCACAGAAAAAUUUCUCGAGAACCUAGUAUACACGGAGACCCCAGUAGAUGUCCUGUAGCACCAGACUUACUUAUGUAAAGUGAACUGUAAUGAGACUUGUGUUACCAUCUCACUCAAAACUUUGACUACCAGUUUUAAGUGAUUUUCACAUUUGUGAAAUACAAGUCUCAGUUUGGCCAGCUUUCACUUACUUUCUGCAUCAAAUAGUUACAGAUUUUAUAAGAUUCAUUAAUUUUACUUGCUGUAGCAAUUUUCUAGACCUGGGGUUGGGGGGCUCAACUAUUCUUGAUAAAAGCUGGCCAAUGACAGACAUUUUAAGAGACUGAAAUAAUGGUAAGACUACAACAUAUCAACUGGAUCUUAAUUCUAAAGGUAGCAUAAAGUUUUAGUCAUAUAUUCUUAACUUUACUGAGACCAUCAUUACCACUAUUUUUUUGGAUUAAAGCAUGGGUCAUACAUUUCAAUAUUACUAUGUUUUAUUUUAACUCUUAUUCUCAUAGAAAACUGUGACACUGACAAUGAGAUGAAAUAUUUAAAUGUUACCUCUGAUUACAGUCAAAAUUCUCAUGUAAUAAUAAUACUCAAGUCAUUGACUGUAGUGGGAGAUAUCUCUUCUAAUGUAGAAAGGGAAUGUACCUUUGAAACAGGUAAAUAAUGGGCAAUUUCAAAACAUGCUUUGGAUUCCUAAAAAAGCCAUUAUGGCUAAAUCAGACGUGACAUUCCAUGUCUAUAUAUGCAUAGACAUGGGAGAUGUGGUAAUCCCAGGAAUGUGAAAAAUGGAAAUACAGCCUCGUUUUCAAAACCAAAAAAUAGCAUUCCUGGUGAUUUCUUUUCACACCAACACAACAUUCUAAACUGUUCUUGGAUCUUAGAUUUACACUUCUCUGCAAAUACAAUGAUGAGUAGUAGAUCUGAUGUUUAAAAAGUUAACACAAAUACCUUGGUAGUUUCUAGGCAGACUCAACAAAACAUUGGAUUACAUAAUUGUGUGUGACCAUAUAUUUCAUCUAGCCUUCCAAUAUCAGUAAGUAUAUUUAUCAUAGAAUAAUACAUUUCUUCAUAUAGUAAUUUCAAAAAACUAAAUCUGAAUGAUUCAAAAUAAUUAACUGAUUAAGUUCUUAAGUGAGGAAAUGGCAGUGAAACAGUCACAUGACACAAUUUUGUACGCUGCAAACAUUUUAAUGAUUACUGUUGAGCAUACAUUUUGGAAAUUUUUUACUUCAAACUGCAACAAGUUAAAUAAAUGUUUAUAAUAUACAAAGAAAAUACAACCAAAAGUAAAACUUGCUUUAAGUGUGUCUUGCACCUAGACCAGUGUUUUUUGUUUUGUUUUGUUUUCUUUUUUUCUUAAUAUAUAUUUUUGAGCUGCACAAACACACUUAAGAAAUUUGAUCUUUAUAGUAUGGCAUUUAGGAAAUAAAAAUAUACUCCCACCUCAAAGAAAUAAAAAGGUUGUGCAUGAUUAUAUGCCAAACAAAAGAGAGAAUGCUAGAAUACUCUGAUAGUGCAGGCAUCAUUAAAAAGGAAAAGAAAAAGCUUGAGAUGCUCAUUAACUCUCUCUGUUUUAAGGAAGCAGGAUUUUUGACCAAGUAGCUUAUAAGCCAGCAAAACAGGGAUCAAUGAUGGCAACUGUAGUGUAUGGAGUAUGAAAUGACAAACUUUACACAAAUGCACUGUUAGAAAUUUACCAGUGAACACUGAAGAUCUGAGAAGCUGCUCUUUGGAACAGUCAAGUCGGACCACCUUAUUCUAGUCACGUAAGCCCUUGUAGCAACACACAGUGUUCUGUGCCAUAUACUUGCUGGCUGGGUAGUUAAAGGAUUUGUUUUGUCAUUAGCAGCUAACAAACUUAUUCCACAUGUUCUUAAAGCCUUAAAGGUGGAAAAAAAGGCAAGUGUCAUCAGCAUGGAGGGUCAUAUACUUCUCUGCACACAAACACAAGAGGCUUCACUAGUAUUUAAAAAGUCUCUGAUGUCUUCCACUGCACUCCAAAACUCAAUUGAGAUGAAAGCCCUUCUCCAUUGUAGCAGCUAGCAGGCGCUCUCUCAUGAUUUCCUCAGAAGAAUACUCAGGCAACUUAAGAUAAUGCACACACGUAUUUACUGAUGGAUAGCUUGCAUCAGUAGCAUCAACCUACAGAAAGAAAAGUGAAAACAACAGAAGAUCAUGAUUUUAAAUAUUUAUUUAUUUCAAUCCUUAAGUAACCAAAUUCAAUUCUGAUUCCCCAUUAGCUAGAGAGUUUGUACCUUGCGUACAACUGUGAGCCGGGGAUGCAGGUUAGCCAGUCCACCUGGGGGCAGGGUUGAACAACCAGUGGUAAACUGUAGGAAUGCUUUCCUUUCGUCUGAAGACAUGCCACACAAAACCCUCACAAACCUCAGGAAACCAGGGCUAAAAGAACAAAACAUAGUUAUAUUGAAUUGACAACAAAUUUAAAUGAAAAACAUUACUACUACUUUGUAAGCCAGCAAUACCCAAAAAAUGAUAUCUAUAUGUCAGAAAAACAGCAAUAUCUAGAACUCCUAGGGAAGGGUGAAAUGGGUUGAUGCACACUACUUUAAAAAAACAUGUUUAAAUAACUGUUUAAAAAAAGGAAAGUAUCCUUCAAAAACUGCAGUGUACCUAUAAAUGGUACAUACCAAACAGUGAGGGAAUAUAUGGAUCAAAUAUGCAAAUUAGCAUAUCGGAGAAGUUCCAGAUGCACUUGCAUAAUUCAUCAAAAUAUAGUUAAAUUCCCAAAGAUGGCAUGAAACAAUGCAUUUUUUUACAGUAAAAUGGUUAAAUAUAUUAUGGUAAAUGUGUAAUGAAUAGUAUAUAUCAACAAAAUCAAUUAUUGCUACAUACCACAGCAUGGAUAAAUUUCAUAAUCAUAAUGUUAGAUGAAAGAAGUCAGACCAAUAAGAAUACACAAUCAAGAUUUCAUAUUUUAAAGUACAAAAACAAGCAAAAUUAAUCAGUGGAUAGUGAUUAAAUGGCUAGGAAAGAGUAUAGUGGGGAAGGGAACUUCUGGAGUUGUUUUGUUCUGGAUACCAAUUAUACGGGUAUGUUUACUUUGUGAAAAUUCUCCAAGAUGUACAUGUAAUUUGUGCACUUUUCUCGUUAUACUUCGAAGUUUACUUUAAUAGUAUGGCUCAUGAACUUGAUGGCUAAUGUGUAUACAUGGGAGAAUGUCUAUGUUUUUGGGAAAUGUACACUGAAGUGUUACAAAGUAAAUAAAGGGACAUAAGAGGACAACAUAUUCUCAAAUGGUUCAGAAAAAAAUAGCAUGUGUGAGUACAUACAUACAUUAUGUGUAUCAAAAAUAUGUCUAAUCAAUGGAAAUAUGGCAAAAUGUCAAAUACUGGUGAAUCUGGGUAAGGGGUAUAUAUGGGAAUUCUUUUUAUGAUACUUGGAACUUUUGUGUAAAUUUAAAAUUAUUUGAAAAUAAGACUAAUAAAAGCAAUAUAGCCUAAGAGUU